GAUUCAUGUUUGUGGCUGUAAUGUGACAAAAUGUGAAAAAGUUCAAGGGGGCCGAAUACUUUUGCAAGCCACUGUAAAUACUCACAAAACAGAAGCUUUCACUUUUAAUAACCAUGCUUUAAAUAGAUGAAGUGGGAGGAACUGAAUGUGUACUGUAACAAGCUUGUUGAAAACUUCAUCUUCACAUUCUCCUCUAGCUUGACUGGGCAUGCAAAUAUAUUCAAGGUUUUAAGUCAACUGUGAAAACUUCCUUUUUGCUACUUUAGGAGGGGGUCAUGCAUUCUACAUACCCUAACUGGAUCCUCUAAGGUAAGAAUAAGCUUUGGUCUGAAAACCUCUUCCUUGUUCCUUUUACUGCCUAUUUCAAGUUGUCAGUAAGUAUGUAAUCUCUGUCUGUACUGAUUCAUCACCGCUGCAAUGGUUAUUGUCUUCUUCUUUUUUUUAUAGAAAACCUGAAGUUUUGAGUUGAAUUAUUUCUGAUCUGGAUUGCAGUUUUCCUUUGAAACAUUACCCUUAUAUCCACAGAACAAUGUAUUCUUUCAUUCUUCUUUCUUCUUAUGUGUGUGUAAUGAAUUGUUAAAUGCAUAAGUGACGCAAAAGUACUCUAUCAAUAAACCAACAGCACUAUAGUGAUGCGUUAAAAACAAUUUUUUUCUCCAAAGAACAAAAUUUAAAUUGCACUGCUGUAGAUGUGUGAUAAAAAUGACCCAAGUGUAACCAUUUAAUUAACUAUAAGGUUUCAAGAAGCAACAGCUUUCUGAAAGCUGUAGCAAACAGGAAGAAGGAAAAUCCUGACAGUCACGUAUUUGCACUGAAAACAAAAAGCUACCUUGUUAUAAGUUGUAAAGCUUACAGUAUGACUCAGUUCCAUAAAAAAAUAUUCUUUGUUUUUUGUUGCAGAAAUCAAGCUUUAGUUCUAUGUGAUAAUGACAGGUCACACCCUUUGGUGGUUGAUUUUGCUGUUUCUAAUACAAAGGUUUUCUUGUGAAAUUCAUCCUAAAAAUCCCUUCAAAUUACAAGACUCUAACUUGACAGCUACAGAGGGGUCCUGCAUUGAAAUCAAAUGUCAAAUCAUAAAAUCUGUCAGUGAUGGUCCGGCGUCCUGGUUUUGGAUGAAGGAUGCAGUUUGGAUAAAUGGCAGUUUUAGUGCCACUACUAUUUUCAGUUCUUCUGAGUCAAAACAUCCUGUCAAUGCACACUUUGCAAAAAGGGUGAAAUAUGUCGGCUCUCCAUCUGGAAGUUGGAAAAAUCCUCCUUCCUCACUGUGUAGUAUAUUAAUUUGCGACCUGAAUAAAACUGACACUGGAAACUAUUCUUUUAGAUAUGUAGGAACAUCUUCAAGUGAUAUUUGGACUACACAACCAUUUACGAACCUCACAGUCACAGAAAAUCCAUGUCUGCUCACUUUUGAGGAACCAAAAAACGUGACUGAAAAUGGCAAUGUAACACUUACAUGCUCCACAUUAAGCUCCUGUACUUCAGGCCUAAAAAUUGAAGGUCCUUCGGCAUCACUUUCCCAAAGCAAACCAGAGAACCCUAAAAAGACCACACUGAAUUUUAAAGUCACUUGGGAGGAUGAUGGGAGGAUGUUUUCAUGCCAAACAGAGAACAAUACAGAUCCAUGUUUGAUUCGGAAUAUCAGCCUCACUGUAGGAUAUGCUCCCAAAGACAUGUCUGCAAAUAUAAGCUCUAAAGUUGUAAAGGAAGGAGAGUCUGUCAGUUUCACUUGCUCUGCUAAAGGACAACCUGAGCCCACUUUUACAUGGACUAAAGAUGGUCGAGAUCUUGACUCAAAGGCCAAUUGGAUGAUCUCAUCAAUUACUGCAUCACAGAAUGGAUCAUAUAUCUGUAAAGCUGUAAACAAAUAUGGGAGUAAAGAAUUAGUGGUGACUGUCGGGGUUAUUUAUGCCCCUGAUGUUGACAUAGAGAUUUCACAGAAGUCUGAAAGAAGUCCAAAAACGAUUAUACAAGGAGAUAAAGUCAUUUUUACAUGUUCUGUAAAGAGAAGCAACCCACCACCAGACUCUUUUACUUGGCAGAAAGACAAAACACAUAUUGAUUCAAAACAGAGAAUUGUUGUUGAAAACAUACAGCCAGAAGACAGAGGUAAUUACACAUGUAGUGCCGAGAACACUGUGGGCUCUGGAUCAAAAACUCUUCAACUUACGGUUCAAUACAAACCAAGGAAAACUAACAUUUCUAUCCAUCAAACAAGUGUGAAAAUUAAUACAACCGCAAAAUUCACUUGUUUAACUGAUGCAUAUCCAGCCCCUUCAAGCUAUUCCUGGUUCCAUUAUAAGCAGACUGACAUCCCCCAGAAGAAGAUGCUCAUGGUUUUCAUAGAAACUCUUCACUUAGAAAAAGUAAAAAGAGCAAAUGAAGGAUGUUACAUAUGCAACGCGAGCAACAGCAUUGACACAGGGGACACUAGUGAGCCAGUGUGCAUAGAAGUAUUGUUUCCUCCCAAUCAUACCAAUCUGUACAUGACUGAGUUGGUCACUGAAGGCGACCCUGUCGAAGUCAACUGCACUGCUGAAAGUUUCCCACUGCCAACUUUCACUCUGGCAAGAUAUUCUAAAUCAAAUUCUCAGACUCCAGAAUGGAGUUUAACUUUAGACAACUCCUACAAAUUUAAGGCAAAUUCAACAGACGCAGGCGUUUACACCUGCAAGGCCUCAAACAGCGAAGGAAACCAGUGGAGCUCAAAAAAGCAACUGGUGGUGAAAUAUAGCCCCAGAGAGGUGAAAAUAACAGGUCAUCCUGAUCUUAUUGUAAAAGAGAAUGAGUCAUUAACACUGGAUUGCAGUGCCAACUCGUACCCAUCAGUAAGCUCCUUCACCUGGAUGAAGAUGAUCGCUGGGACGAUGGAAACCACUAUAAGCACUGGGACACCGUUCAUUGUGGAUUCUGCCAGUGUCUCUGACAGCGGGAAGUACCGCUGUACGGCCACAAAUAAAAUUGGAACGGGGAAAUCAGUGCAAGUUGAAGUUAAAGUUAAGCAUGGUCCAAAAUUCACAAAGAUUGAAAAAGAAAAGGAAGAGCAGCAUGAUGAACUGACAGGAGUGAAACUGAGGUGCAUCAGUCAGUGCUAUCCUGAAGUCACGCAAUAUUCAUGGUACCAGAGGAUAAACAAAAAAGAGAGCAAAAAUGUAGCAAACGGUACGGAUAUUUUUGUGAGAUCAGACCAGCCUGGGGAGUACUACUGCGUCGCAAAAAACGAAAUUGGUGAAAGAUCAUCUGAGCCAAUCAAGCUAUUUGACGACACAGUUAUGAAGAUUGUGACGGUCUUCUCGCUUUGUCUUAUUUUUCUAAUUGUAUGCAUACUCAUCUUUUUGUACAGACGCAGAAGGAACAAUUUAAUUCAACAAAGAACUACAAAUGUGUGGUCCUGGAGUAGUUUUCUGGGUUCCUGGAAUGGAGUCAGCAGGAGCAGUGGGAAUCAGAGUGGUUUGGCAGAGCCGUUCAGGAGCAGAGAUGACCUCUUGCUAAACCAUCCAUGUCAACCAAAUGCCCAACGACCCCAGCAUCAUCCAGACAGCACGACUGCAUCCAACGUGAACACUGUUUACUCUGCUGUGAAUCUGCCCAAAAGCAAACAGGCUGCCUCUGCACAAAACCCAAUCAAAGGACAUGGUGGAAACAUGGGAAAUGAUUCUCUCAACUACGCUUCUGUGUUCUUUGAGAAUAGAAAAAAGGAUUCAGAGGAGGAUGCUGAGUACUCUGUGGUGUCAAAGCCUAAGAAAUCAAAAGUGACAGAACAAGAAGUGCAGGAGGACUAUGAGAACAUCGGCGAAGAGCUUCCACCCAAACCUCCAUAUACAUAUAACUUUGACUCAGAGACAGAUACCAGUGAAGAUGAGGUGGAGGUCAACUAUGCUCAUGUGAACAUUAAGCCAAAGUCUGGCCACCAGCGAGACUCCAGCAGCAGCAGCAGCAGCGAAGAUGAAACUCAGUACUCUCAGGUCAAAAUUUGACUAAAAAUGCUUUGAUCCUAUUCAGACAUCUCUGCCAGUUUGUGCCAUGGACGUUCUGAAAUAUAUUUGCCAGGCUAACUAUACUGAACAAGGCUUGUAUUACCUCAUUGUUUCUUUUUUCCUUCCUGGGAUAUAAUUUUAGCUUCCCUUUAUGUAUAGUAAUAAGUCCCCACAAGUACACAAACCUAUCUUUUUAUCAUAGAUGUAAGACUGUUGGGGAAGUGUAUAUGGAUAAGUGAUAAAAUGAAAUGACUGCUGUUGUAAAAUUGUGCUCCCAUCCUCCUGCUGAGUUUUUUAAUGUAUAUAUAUAUCUGUCUUGAAAUUAAAGUACUUUACUGUAUGCAUAGUUCCAUUUCAUAACCUGCUUUGACACAAGCUGUUGUUUGAUGGCAAACUUGGCUGCAGGGCCAGUUACUCUUUUAAUCACAUAAUAAUUAUGCAUUACAAAGUUGUCAAUAAAAACAAGUGCCUA